AUGCCGAGCAGCCCAAAACCCAUCUACGAUGAAUUCCCCUCUGAAUCUGCCGUCUCCCUUGCCCCGUCCACACCAGCUCCCGAACCCACAGCCGCUACAACUCCCGAACCUUCAAGCAUCACGACAGCUCUGACAGCCACCAAAUCUCCCUCGUCUCCGACGCCGACCGAUCUCCUGACAGCCCAGGUCCGACAUGCUCGUGUCUUCCUCUACGAGCAGUCGCGUGCCGCCGAGGUUGGUUUCAACAAUGUCCUCUCCCGUGUCCUCCACGUCGAGAACGCCUUUACCGAUACCAUCGCCUCCUUGGCGCCCUCCCCGGAAUCCGGAGAGAAGCUGACUCCCGGCGGCAUUUACGUCGUUGUUGCUGCCAUGGCUGGAUCAAUUGUUGCCCGUAACCGCGGCCGUUUCCUGCGUGGCACCACCCCCUUGGCAUUCGGUACCAUUGCGGCCUGGUCUCUCCUCCCUGUUACCAUGCGGAAUGUCUCUGACUUGGUCUGGGAGUAUGAGAAACGUGUGCCUGCGGUGGCAGACAACCACUUGUACCUUCGGGAACGGGCAGAGCAGAUCUGGAGCACCGGUGUGGCUCACAGUGGUAUGGCACGUGCCACGAUGGAGGAGAAGAUCGGGGACGCUCGGAAGAAGCUGGAAGAAAUUGUGAGCAAGGGACACUAA